AACCUGUGAUAAAGAGAAGUAAAAACACAUCAGUGUGCCCGAUCACUUGUGAUAACUGUACAACCCAUACCAACACCAAAGAUGGGCACUAGUCACAAGUAUGUGGAUCCAGAGAUCGCCAAUUCUAAGGAUGCGAUCCUGAAGGCGACAUCCAGCGCCAAGAGAAUGGUCGGGUACACGGUAUUGGUUGGCAGUAUGGGUGUACUGGCGGUCAGCGGUAUACUCCUCGGGCUUCAUUUCAGCGGGAACCUCGACAAACUGAGCGAUGAUGGAGAAGAACUGGUAGAUAUCAACACUGGGGCUCAAGUCGGUGCCAACACCCAAAACCAUCUAAAAGAAGAUGACAUUUCGACUUCGAAUUUGGAUUCGUUACAUGGAGAGGAUGAAUUAUUGGUUUCAUCACUAUCCAACGCUGGCACCGAGCCUGAAUUCUACCCAGAUUCAGAAGAGGAGGAGUACGAAGAACAUGAAACUGACAGCCACGUAAAUAGCGAUAGUAGUGAAGACAAUGGCAGCGAGGAUGAUAAUCACGCCGAAGAUCAUAGCCUCAGCAGUGAAGACGAUGAUGACUACGACAGCGAGGAGGAUGAUAGCGACGAUGACGAUACUCCCAGUGACGACAAAGACAGCAAUGAAAUUGAUAGUGAUGAGCAAAGUGAGGACAGCAAAGACACUAAUAGUGUCGAGUAUAGUGAUGAUGAGGAUAGUAAAGAAAGUGAUGAUAACAGUGGCGAUGAUGACAGCAAAGACAGUGGUAAUGACAGUGACGAUGAUGACAGCAAAGACAGCGACAAAGACGACAGCAAAGACAGCGAUUAUGACAGCGACAAUGAUGACAGCAAAGGAAGUGGUAAUGACAGUGGCGAUGAUAACAGCAAAGAUAGUGACGAUGAUGACAGCAAAGACAGCGAUCAUGACAGCGACGAUGAUGACAGCAAAGAAAGUGGUAAUGACAGUGGCGAUGAUGACAGCAAAGAAAGUGACUACGAUGACAGCAAAGACAGCGACGAUGAUGACAGCAAAGAAAGUGAUAAUGCCAGCGACAGAGAUGACAGCAACGAUGAUGACAGAAAAGAAAGUGAUAAUGCCAGUGACAGUGAUGACAGCAACGACAGCGACGAUGAUGACAGCAAAGAAAGUGAUAAUGACAGUGACAGAGAUGACAGCAAAGAUGAUGACAGUAAAGAAAGUGAUAAUGCCAGUGACAGUGAUGACAGCAACGACAGCGACGAUGAUGACAGCAAAGAAAGUGAUAAUGCCAGUGACAGUGAUAAUGACAGCAAAGACAGCGACGAUGAUGACAGCAAAGACAGCGACGAUGAUGACAGCAAAGACAGCGACGAUGAUGACAGCAAAGAAAGCGACGAUACUGACAGUAAAGAAAGUGAUAAUGCCAGUGACAGUGAUGACAGCAACGACAGCGACGAUGAUGACAGCAAAGAAAGUGAUAAUGCCAGUGACAGUGAUGACAGCAACGACAGCGACGAUGAUGACAGCAAAGACAGCGAUGAUGAUGACAGCAAAGAAAGUGAUAAUGCUAGUGGCGAUGAUGACAGCAAAGAAAGCGACGAUACUGACAGUAAAGAAAGUGAUAAUGCCAGUGACAGUGAUGACAGCAACGACAGCGACGAUGAUGACAGUAAAGAAAGUGAUAAUGCCAGUGACAGUGAUGACAGCAACGACAGCGACGAUGAUGACAGCAACGACAGCGAUGAUGAUGAUAGCAAAGAAAGUGAUAAUGCCAGCGACAGUGAUAAUGACAGCAAAGACAGCGACGAUGAUGACAGCAAAGAAAGUGAUAAUGCUAGUGGCGAUGAUGACAGCAAAGAAAGCGACGAUACUGACAGUAAAGAAAGUGAUAAUGCUAGUGACAGUGAUGACAGCAACGGCAGCGACGAUGAUGACAGCAAAGACAGCGAUGGUGAUGAUGAUGACAGCAAAGAUAGUGAUAAUGCAAGUAACGAUGAUGACAGCAAAGACAGCGACGAUGAUGACAGCAAAGAUAGCGACGAUGAUGACAGUAAAGAAAGUAAUACUGCUAGUAACGAUGAUGACAGCAAAGACAGCGAUGGUGAUGAUGAUGACAGCAAAGAAGGUGACAAUGCCAGUGACAGUGAUGACAGCAACGACAGCGACGAUGAUGACAGCAAAGACAGCGACGAUGAUGACAGCAAAGAAAGUGAUAAUGCAAGUAACGAUGAUGACAGCAAAGACAGCGACGAUAAUGACAGCAAAGAUAGCGACGGUGAUGACAGUAAAGAAAGUAAUAAUGCAAGUAACGAUGAUGACAGCAAAGACAGCGACGAUGAUGACAGCAAAGAUAGCGACGAUGAUGACAGUAAAGAAAGUAAUAAUGCUAGUAACGAUGAUGACAGCAAAGACAGCGACGAUGAUGACAGCAAAGACAGCAACGAUAGUGACAGUAACGAAAGUGAUAAUGCCAGUGAUAGUGAUGACAACAACGACAGCGACGAUGAUGACAGCAAAGAGGGUGAUGACGAUAAUGACAGUAAAACAAGUGAUACUGCCAGUGACAACGAUGAUAGCAAAGACAGUGAUGAUGAUGACAGCAAAGAAAGUGAUGAUGAUGAUGAUGAUGAUGAUGAUGAUAGCAAAGAAAAUGAUAAUGCUAGUGACGAUGAUGACAACAAAGACAGCGACGAAGACGACAGCAAAGACAGUGACGAUGAUAGCAAAGAAAGUGAUAAUGCCAGUGACGACGAUGACAGCAAAGACAGCGACGAUGGUAACAGCAAAGAAGGUGAUAAUGCCAGUGACGAUGACGACAGCAAAAACAGUAAUGAUGAUGGCAGCAAAAACAGUGAUAAUACUAGUGACGAAGAUGACAGCAAAAACAGCGACAAUGAUGACAGCAAAGACAGUAAUGAUGAUGACAGCAAAGAAAGUGAUAAUUCCAGUGACAGUGAUGACAGCAAAGACAGUGAUGACGAUGACAGCAAAGAAAGCGAUAAUGCCAGUGAUGACGAUGACAGCAAAGAAAGUGAUAAUGCCAGUGACGACGAUGACAGCAAAGACAGUGAUGACGAUGACAACAAAGAAAGGGAAAACGCCAGUGACGACGAUGACAGCAAAGACAGUGAUGAUGAUGACAGCAAAGAAAAUGAGAAUGCUAGUGACAAUAAUGACAGCAAAGACAGCGAGGAUAAUGAUAAUAAAGAAAGUGAUAAUGCCAGUGACGACGAUGACAGCAAAGACAGUGAUAAUGCUAGUGACGAAGAUGAUAGUAAAGACAGCGACAAUGAUGACAGCAAAGACAGUGAUGAUGAUGACAGCAAAGAAAGUGAUAAUGAUGACAGCAAAGACAGCGACGAUGAUGAUAACAAAAACAGUGACAAUAAUGACAGCAAAGACAGUGAUAAUGCCAGUGACAAUGAUGACAGCAAAGACAGUGAUAAUGACAGCAGUAAUAGUGACGAUGAUGAUAAUGACAAUGAUAAGAGCAAGGAAAGUAAAAAUAAUGACAGUAAAGAUGAUGUUAGCAAAGAGAGUAACGAGAACAAGGAGGAAAACAGCAAAGAAAGUGGCGAUGAUGAUAUUGACAGUGAUGGCACCGACGAUGGAGAAAGCAAUGAUGACAAAAGCAAUGAUUCCGAUCUAAAUGACAGUGGUGAUAAUGGUAGCAAUGCAAACGACGAUAACCAUAGCGAUAGCAAUGAAAACACAAACGAUGAUGACAAGAAAGGAGACCUCAACAUCGAUUCUUUGUUAAAAGAUUUAGUGUAUGGAGAUUUGGAUGAUGACGAUAAGAAAUCUGCCCGUAAAUACGAAGAUGGCGAUAAUAAAGACAACGGCGACGAUUAUGACAAAUUUGAUAACGACGAGGAGAAAAACAAUAACGAUGCAAGCCUCGACGAUAUGCUGGCUGGUAUGUUAAGUGAUGUAUUGGUGGUCAAAUCAAAAGACGAAACGUUGAAUGAAGACAGCGAUUUAUUAGGCGAUGAUAACCAAGAUAAAAACGAUAGGAAGGGAAAUGAGGAUAAGGAAAACGAUGAUGAUGUCAAUAGCGAUGCGUCCGGGGAAAAUGGCGACGACGAAAAUGAUGACAAAUCUGAUUCUGGGGAAAAUGAUGAAGACGAAAAUGAUAACAAAUCUGAACGAAAAAGCAGCGAUGAAGACAAAAGUGAAAACACUGAAGAUGACUCAAAUAACAGUGACAACGAUGAUAUAAGUAAUCAAAACGAUAACGAUUCAGCAGGCAAAGAUGACAGCGAAGGUGGAUAUAGUGACGGUAUAACCGGCGAUGACAACGAUGGUGAUAACAUGAAUGAAUAUGAUAGCAAUGGCGAUGGCGAACAAGGCGAUAUUAAUUUGGACGGUAUAUUGUCAGAUAUGCUAAGUGACGUAUUCGCGGAAGGGCCAAAGGUCGAUAUGGUGAAUGAUGAGAGCGCCUUAUUAUCAGACAAUUUCAACACUGGUAUGGUGGUUGAUGCUGGUAGCCUUACUACCGGAAAUGACGCUAGCCUACCAGACAAUACUGUGAACAGCGACAUGUUCGGUGAUAUCUCAAAGGUCAGCUCCAUGCUCUCGUUAGGAACAAACGAGGAUCAAGGUGUACUAGGCGAUAGCGUUAACGACGGUAUGUCCAUAUUAGUGUCGCCAAUGAAUCCAGCGGUCGAUUCAAUGAACACGUGGAACUCAAUAGGAACAAUGUCCGAUGUAAUAGACGAUGAAAACGAUAACGGCGAUACUUUCAUGGACACUAAUAACGCAUGGAACAACGACAACUUCAAUGGUGGCGAUAAUGGCGAUGAUAUAAAUGAUAACGGCAUUUAUGAUCAGAAUAAUUGGGACGACAGUAACAACGACGAUACUAACGAAGGUCGCUACGAUGAUAACAACGACUUCGGUAACAAUGAUGAAAAUAACGAUGACGGUUAUGAUAUCAAAGAUGAUCUUUAUGAUAACAAUGAUGGAAAUAACGAUGACGGUUAUGAUAACGAUGAUAACAAUGAUGACAACAAUGAUGAUAAUAAUGAUAACAAUGAUGACAACAAUGAUGACAACAAUGAUGAUCAUGAUGAUGAUGAUGGAAACAAUGAUGAUCAUGAUGAUGAUGAUGAUGGAAACAAUGAUGAUCAUGAUGAUGAUGAUGAUGGAAACAAUGAUGAAGACAGUGAUGAUAACAACCCUGAUGAAUAUAGUGAUGGUCAUAACGAUAACAAUAAUGAUGACAAUGACGAUAACAACGAUAAUUUGGAUGAUAAUGAUGAUACUAAUGAUGACACGGGAAACAAUAAUGACAACGAAGACGAUGUUAACAAUGAUUCCCCUAUAGUAGAAGCAGCUGAAUUGACAGAGGAGGAGGAUGACGAGGAGUAGGGAAUCAGCACCGUCCGUUUUCUUAUAAGAAUUCCAUUCCUCACAUCGUACACAAAUCAUCAUACCUAUCAAGAGAUUUAAUACCUCCAUAAUUUCUGUUCAUGUUUUACGAACACAUAAUAUAUUCUUAUUUCGACACAAUGCUGCCUAGUAACCGUGCCUAUGAAGAUAUGUUAGAUUUCGAGUUGUGUACAUUUCGUGCACGUGAAUUAAUGAGAAGUAAAUUAUUGUUCUGUUGUGCAGGCCACAAUAGCCACGUUCUGUUAUAUUUAUGAGAUAUUGCCGGAACAGAGCUGGUCUCUGUUUUACCCAUAAUUCGUCAUUUUAGCGUGAUUUGAACACUAUCACUCAGUUACGUCUGUUACGUUUGUUUAGUGUGUUUUAUUUAUUUUAUGUAAUAAAUAAUGAUGUUUUAUAUAAA